AUGAAUCAAAUUGCACUCACUGCUGGCCAUGGUUCACGACCACAAUCGGUUUUGAUUGCUGAUUUUAAUAAUGAUUCUCGAAUGGAUGUUGCGCUUGCUAAUUCAGGUUCUCACACCAUCACAAUUUUUCUUGGAGAUGGCAAUUAUUCGUUUUCUAAUCUAGCGACAUAUUCAGCUGGUUCUAAACCAGUGUCUAUAGCUGUUACUCAAGGCACUAACAAUUUGGGAACAUUCCUCGGAUAUGACAAUGGUACGUUCUCAAAUGUUACUCUGAUGCCGAUGGGUUACGGAUCAAACCCAUUUUGUGUUCUUAUUGGUGACUUUAACGAUGACAGAAAGUUGGACUUUGCCGUGGCGAAUGAGGGCACAGAUAGUUUAUCAAUGUUUCUACAGACUUGUUAA